UAUUGGCAUAUAAUUCGAUUUCAGAUAUAUUAUUACUUCCAUAUUUAAACUAUUAUAGUAUUGAUCGUUCUCGAGUACCUUCAUUACUUUUUAUGGCAAUGGUACAUACAUGGAACGACUCCGAGAGCGUCAGGUUUCUCACAGAGAGGAUGGAUUCUUACCGUUUCCUGAAAGUUUUUAUUGCAAUUCUGUGUGUGGUGCUGUGUUGUGGCGAACACCGAAUGCAAGAGAGUGGCAAUCUUGUAUCAGACAUGUCACAGUCCUCCCUUCGCUGUCUUGUGUAUGACCUCAACACCACAGACACAGCCCGCACCUUACUGGAACUCCACCAGACGAUGUUUCCGGAAGUAAAUGUGGUGGUUGUCAUGAAACAAGUACACGUGCAGCAGCUGAUGAAGACGGUGAACUCUUUUGAUGAGAUGACGAAAGGACAAACCGAUUUUCAGCAUCAUUCCAAAUGGCUGCUUGUUAUAGAGGACCUGAAGUUGACUGAUCUUCGGGGUUACAUUGCUUUAGAAAACGUAGCACUGAUACUGCCGCUAUCAAAGCGUAUCCUGCACACUGUGUUGACAGUUAGGCACCACCCAGGGCAGAACGUGUUUGUUCCAGUAGAACCCUGUGUAGCGAGGGACUAUAUUUCCUGCCUGUAUCCUAACACUGCCUACGGUUACAACAACAGGCAUCUCCGGGUGACGACUUUAGAGUCAAACAGGUUUAUAUCCAAGUAUGUGUUGAACGCAACCACUCGCCAUGAGGGAUAUGCAAUAGAGAUCUUGGACAUCAUAACACAGGCUCUGAACUUAAGUUACAGCAUCACGGAGCCCGAGGAUGGAGCCUGGGGCCUCCCUGUCAACGGCACGUAUAGCGGGAUAGUGGGACAGCUGUACAGGCGGCCAGCGCGAUAUGCAGCUUGA